AUGCUAACUGGGCCAGAGACGCGCUACUCGAUGAUAGAAAAACUGGUCCUCGCGCUAGUACGUGCAUCACGAAGACUACGCCGUUAUUUCUCUGGCCAUGUUAUUACAGUUCUCACUAAUUAUCAUCUAGGCCAAAUUCUGUCCAAACCCGAUGUUGCGGGGAGAUUGGCCAAAUGGGCCAUCGAGUUGGGAGGAUACAAUAUCCAAUAUAAACCUAGACCGGCAAUUAAAGGGCAAGUAUUAGCAGAUUUCGCCACAGAAGUUCCCAUAGAUAAAGUACAGGAAUGUGAGGCGAUCCAAAACCCUAUUCCAGUCUUCGACGAUAGGGUUUGGACGUUGCACACAGAUGGAGCUUCUAAUGAUGAUGGUGCAGGCGCAGGCCUUCGACUAGUUAUCCCAGAUGAUCACGAGCUUACAUACGCAAUACGCUUAGACUUCAAGAGUACAAACAACGAGGCAGAAUAUGAAGCGUUUCUUGCAGGCCCCCGUCUGGCGCUUAAAAUGGGAGCAAAAAACCUUGAGGCUCACGUCGAUUCAAAGCUAGUGGUGGAACAAGUUAAUGGUCAUUACGACGCCAAGGGAGAAACCAUGGCUUUAUACCUGGAGCAAGCACGAAUGCUUAUCAGCCAGUUCCAAACAUUUAAAAUAGUUCGCAUAAACAUAAGUGAAAAUAAACACGCAGACACGUUGAGCAAAUUGGCUGCCACCAGCUUCAAGCAUCUAGCAAAAGAGGUUCGCAUUGAAGUAUUAUCCAAUCCAUCCGUCCCUCUAAAACAAGUAAACAUCAUCGAGGUCGGCAGCCCAUCCUGGAUGUCCCCAAUCAUCAUGUACCUGCAGCAUGGCAAACUUCCAGAAGGGAAAGCGGAAGCUAGGAAGAUCCAGAAUAAAGCGCUAAAUUACGAAAUGGCAGACGGUAUUUUAUACCGGAAAUCAUUUAUGGGUCCACUCCUAUGCUUUUUCGAUAAAACAGAUGCACAGUACUUAGUCAGAGAAAUCCACAAAGGAUUAUGUGGGAUCCACGCCGGACCACGCAUGGUAGUGGCAAAGAUAAUGAGCGAAGGCUACUAUUAG